UGAGCGAGCGGCGCGGCGGCAGCGGCCCGGUAACGGCGGCAGGUGUCUGUGGCCCCGACCUCGGCACCCGCGGCAUCGCUCCCUCGGCGCCCGGGGACUGGGAGAGCGGCUCGGCGCGGUGGCACCAUCCCGGGGAGAAGAGAGUAGCUUAGUGUUAUGGGUGAUACAGAAGAAGGUAAAAUGCAGAUAGCACCAGAAACUCCAGGACGAGUUGCAAUCCUGAAUCCAUUUGAAAGUCCCAGUGAUUAUUACACUCUUCAGGAGCAGAUUGUCUCCAGUCCUUCGGUCUUUAAGUCAACAAAAUCCUCAUCAACACCAGGAAAAUUUAGAUGGUCUAUUGAUCAGCUUGCUCUAAUAAAUCCUGUGGAAAUCGACUCAGAAGAUGUUCGACGCCAAGCAAUGUAUUUGAGCCAUGCUAGAAUUGAUAAGGAGACAGAAGACAGAAGGCAAAAAGCUAUUGAGGAGUUUUUCACAAAAAGGCUCAUAGUUCCUUCUCCUUGGAUUGAACAUGAAGGCAAACAAGUUUCUCAGUUUAAUUCAACUAAAUCCAUUGAUCUAAAUAACAUUUCUCCAAUUGGAAGACAGCUAAGCUUGCAGCCUGGAAAGAGCAAUGCUGCUUGUCAGACAGUACUGUCUUUGCCAGUGGAUAUUAAUCUAGAGAAAAUACUAGGUGAAUAUUUUAGAACUGAAGAAUUUGAAGAUCAGUCUCAGGAAAAUCUAAGCUCUUCAUCACUCAGAAGAAAGCUGUUUUUAGAAGAAAAUGGAAGUGUAUCUGCAUGUUUGUCCCCUUCUCUGCAUAGUCCAUGCAGUAGUCAGCCACUUGGAGUGCUUUGUUCAAUAGAACUGUCUCCAGUCCGGUGCAGAAGCCCUCUGGACACAUCUAGUUCAGGCCAGUUUUCUUCAAGUCCUAUUCAGGGAGGAACAAGAGCUUACAGUCUGGGAAGUAUAACCAGUCCCACAUUUUCAGAGGGGUCUCCUGCACGUAGUGGUUCUCCUACUUUUUCACCAAUUGCUUUUCACAUAAGAAAAACACCACUCUCAGACCAAAGAAAAUUUACAUUUCGGUCUCCAGAUAUUCCUUCUUCCUCAAAUAGAAUGACACCGCCAAGUACAAGAAGUCCUUACAUAGAUGAUUGUUCUCCAAUUAAAAAUUGCUCUCCUAUGAGGCUUGGAGCUUGUAGAGGGACUGCCCAGUAUCAGACUUCUGUCAUUAGAAUACCAAUUGCAGUUGAGACUCAUGAUGAGGAUGAGGAAGACAAGGAAAAUGCUUCUCCAGCAGAAGCUCGGUUCCCAGAAAUGGAUAAUGGAAUAAACUUAUGUCAGGAAGACAGUGAUACUUUUGCACAUGGUACACAUCUUGUGGUAGCAACUGUGUCUAUUGCACCAGAUCACUCAGAAGCUUGUCAUCAAAGGUUGUCAUCAUUUCAGGAUAUAGAAGGCUUAAAAGAAAAUAAUACUGUAGAUAUGGCUGAUGCAGCUGAAGUGUCAGAGGAAAACACUUGGAUAAAAGAAACAAUUGGCAAUAGCAAUACACCAAUGACCAGCUUUAUGACAGGCAUUACUUUCAGUAUUGAAAGCUCUCGGAUGUGCAUGUCACCUCUUGCUGAAAGCAGUGCAAUUCCUUGUGACAACAGUAGUAUUCAGGUGGACAGUGGUUACAACACACAGACUUACGGAAACAGCAUUAUGGAUACUGCGGGGGCUGAAAACAGCUGCAGAGAAAAUGAUGUGAAUACUGUAGUUUUUCAGAAUAAAUCUCAGAUGCUUAGAACAAAGCCAGUGAAAGCAGACCUCUGUUCUACCGAGAGUGGAGAUGAAGCAAUCAUCACAAGCUCCUGCUAAAUUGUUUUUCUUUUCUUCUGGUUAAAUUUCAAUUUUACCACAUGACAGUUUUGUAACAUUAUUGAAGGGUAAUAUGGUUCUGUGAAUUUUGUGCCUUACCUUCGGUUCUACCAAGACCAUCCGCAUUUUCUGAUGUUGGAUGUUGGAAUCAUCUAACGUAAUGUUCACUUUAACUUUAUCAAAUACAUGUAAUGUUGUGUCUUCCACAGUAAGUGAUGGUACCUGAAAGUUCAUAUUUUGUAUAAAUACUUGCAAUGUCUUAUGUUUUUAUAGAAAUAAAUAUUUUUGUAGGAAAAUUCAAUCUUACAUGUAAAUAAAAAUGGUCACAAAUUAGUGCCAUAAUAUCUGGUACACAUAAUUAGAUAUCAACAGUAUCACAGAAACCUGUUUGUCAGAACCUGUUUAUUUAGACUUACAAAUACUAUAGCAGCACUACUACUAUGGAUUAAUAAACUUGCAUUUAGAAAAACCUCUUGUACCCUUCUAAAUCCAACUACAAUACACUUUAGUCAUUCUGCUCAAUUACCAAAUAAAAAAAUAAAGGUAUUUAAGAGCAAACCUUAAGAAUAAUAAGAACACA